UUUUGCUGUAUUAUUAUUUAGCAGCAGCGUUUUUAAUAAUCCUCAUAUAACUACUGACAAUUCAAGGUUUCUUUUUUUGGGGGGGGGGCAAGCCUCGCCUCGCGUGCCGCUGUGUGUGCAUCCAUCUCAAAGUUUACCCAACAAGCAGGUGUGAGGGUGCACGGUGGGCGCAGAGCUGGCUGAAGGAUGUAUUCUUGCAGCCUCCUCUCUUUGGCCCCGAGCUGCCCUCUCCGCGCGCCCCCCAUUAUUUGUCCCGACGGCCGAGCGCGCGGCCCCAAUGAGCCCUUUGGAACGGAACGAAAAGAAGGAGCGAAUUGCAGCUGUGACGUGGGCGUUGUUCCAUUCACCGCGUUCGCCAUGGCAACGGGGCAGAGGCCCUGGAAGCACGCAGCCCCUCUCUCUGGACAGCGUCCUGAGGGCAGAGAGGCAGCUGGAAGUUUCUCCUCAUGAUCACUGCUCACUGUUUCAUGGCGCAAAAAAUGUCCCAAAUAUUCUGCUUCAAAUGCACACAAAAUUUGGAUUCAGGUUUCAGGUUUGGCAGUUUCCAGGAUUUGGGUGCUAAAAGUUAUAAUUUGGAGCGCACAUGUGGCCACUUACAUCAAUUAAUGUGUGAAUUCGGUGUGUCUUUUUCUAACUUUUUUACGCACCGUUUUUGACGCACGAAAGAAAUAAAUGUGACCCACUGACCCAGAUCAAUGUUAAUAAAGUACUUCCAGCAUAGAGGAAAAUGUUUUUUUUUUCCUUGUAGCUCAGCUUGUUCAGUCUUUUCUGUGUUUACACUCCGCAGCCCGAUUUCUCCCUCCACUUUGUACUCUAGCAUGCUGCAGGACUGCUAGUAUUGUUGGGCAGAGUGAUUGGGGUUUCUGUACAAUCUCCCGUGACCAAUGAGCGGGGUGCUGUCAGGGGUAACCACAUCUGUCAACCGUUCUUGGCCAAUAAAGAGCGGAGCGAGGCGGACCACAGGUGCGCGCCUCUGCGUCCCCUUGGCACAGCGCCCGGGAGAUGCUGGAGAGAGACGCCUAGCUGCCCCGUGGCGCAAAAGAGUUACUGUCAAAGGCAGCCUCCUUUUAACUCCAGCUAUCACUCUGGCUCCGAUAGUUAUGGCGACCGCAACGUCCAACCACUACAGCGUCCUCACCACCCCCAGCAGCGCGCCGCCGCCGCACUCGGAGUCCGGGAGCAUGCAGCAGGCGGCAGCGUACAGGGACGCGCACACCCUGCUCCAGAACGACUAUAGCACGUUACCGGGCGGUGGACAUCCGCUCAGCCACGCGCACCAGUGGAUAACGGCGCUGUCUCACGGUGACGGCGGGGCGCCCUGGCCAUCUAGUCCCCUCGGAGAACAGGACGUGAAGCCCGUACUGCACGACAGUGACCGAGAGGAGCUGCAGAACUCCAGCAGUCUGCAGCAGCAACAGCAGCAGCAGCAACAGCGACACCCUCACCUAGCGCACCAGCAGGCGCAUCACGACGCCAGAGCAUGGCGAACCAGCACAGCCACCACGCACAUCCCCGGUAUGGCGACAUCUGAGGGCCAGAGCCUGGUGUAUUCCCAGUCCGGCUUCGGUCUGAUGCCGGGGGGAGAGCAAGGGGGGAUGCACCACCACCCCCUGCGGGACGAGGACCACCACAGCCACAGCCCGCACCUCAGUGAACAUGGAGGCGGCCCUGGGGCCCACCAGCAGUCUCUCUCACACCAUCACCAGCACGGGGGCCAUCAGGACCAGUCAGACGAGGACACGCCGACCUCCGACGAGUUGGAGCAGUUUGCCAAGCAGUUCAAACAGCGACGUAUCAAGCUGGGCUUCACCCAGGCGGACGUGGGACUGGCUCUUGGGACGCUGUACGGAAACGUCUUUUCUCAGACCACCAUUUGCAGGUUCGAGGCGCUUCAACUCAGCUUCAAAAACAUGUGUAAACUCAAGCCCUUGUUGAACAAGUGGCUGGAGGAGGCGGACUCCACCUCGGGGAGCCCCACUAGCCUGGAUAAAAUCGCGGCACAGGGAAGGAAAAGGAAAAAGAGGACCUCCAUCGAGGUGGGCGUCAAAGGGGCUCUGGAGAGCCAUUUUCUCAAAUGUCCAAAACCAGGAGCAGCGGAGAUCAACUCCCUAGCGGACAGCCUGCAGCUGGAGAAGGAGGUGGUGAGGGUUUGGUUUUGUAACAGGCGGCAGAAGGAGAAGAGGAUGACACCCGCUGGGGGACAGAUACCAGGAGGAGAGGACAUGUACGGGGACACCCCUCCACAUCACGGAGGACAAACUCCUGUUCAGUGACCCCCAGUCCGUUAUUCUGAGCAGAACACGGACCCCUUACGGAGGAAUAAUGCCUCCUUAUUUGUUUGAUUCUCUGUGCCGGACCGCUCGGAACUGGACCUUAGCCAGUUUAAAUGUCGGACCCACGGACACACAGUGGGGAUAUACAGUGGCACUCAAGCACUAAA